CUGAAAUGUUGAUAAAAUCUUUGUUAGCUUGUCGCAUUAAUCACUCUUUCCCCAUUUGAGGGCUUUCUUUGAGGAACUGAGUUGUUAUUUAUACUUGAGUAAUGAAAAAGAAGAAAAAGUCUCCAGUCGAAAAUAUAUACGAAAUAAGAUUUUAUCGGUCCAAACCAUUUUUUGCCAACGAAACAGUUUCGGGUCAAGUUGUUUGCUUAAUUCAGAGUAAGACUGACAUCAAGUAUAUGAGGUGUAGCGUUUCUUGUGUCUUAAUAUCCAAGCUUUCUAUUUACGGAGGAGAGGAUACCAUUUACAGGGAAUCAAAAACUUUAGCUCGGAACUAUGUCUUUGAUCUUGGAAAACAUAGAUUUGAAUUUAAUUUUACCUUACCGGAAAAAUUGUUACCACCUAGUCUAUUUCUUUCAAGAAAAUUUUUCUGUCAUUGGAUGGUAACUCUCAAAAUAUAUCAAGGAAAGCCGGGAACCGCGUCUAAUAUUCCUCGCAUUGUUGCUCAAAGACGAUUUCACAAAGGAAUAUUAUAUUACCCCAAUACGAGCAUUGUUCCGAAAAGCAUUGUUUUAAAGAAAUUCUCGUUCUUUCCUUUCUUAAGGGGAGACUUUUAUUUACAAGCGAAACUCGAAAGAAACGUUUAUUAUAGAGGAGAAGGCAUACCUGUAUUUAUAGAAAUAUCAAACAAUACGAACAGGAAAAUAAGAGAAAUUUUAGUUCAGGCCAUUCAAAAAUUUAAAUUUACUGUAGAAGGAUCUGAUCUUUUGGGUUCAAAUGUUGUGGUAGAUUCGGUACUUAUUCCUUCUUGUAAAAAGUUUAAAAAGAGCAGUCGCAGCCUUUCAUUAUUACGAAGAACUCGUGAAGAUGACAAAGCGUCUUAUUCAGAAAAGUCUGUCGCCAUAAGAGAGCACUCCAACCAUUCUGGAAGGACUCAAAAGAAGUCUGUGGAGACAGCUGAUUAUAAAGAGGAUUCCGUCUUCGUUAAUAACUUUUAUAAUUUCUUUAAGAGAUGCCGAUUGGGUCUUACGAAUAUACGUUCCUAUUUUGCAAAGAAAAAGAAAAACACGUCGCGCUGCAACUCGUAUAGCUCUGAAUUAUCACAGGCACAGCAGCAAAGCUCUUUAGGGCCUGAGCAACAGCGUAAAUUCUCUUUUAAAAACAAAAAGGGGAUACGCCAAUUUUUCUUCAAGGCUGUGAUUCUUCCCAGAGUGACGGAGAGUAAAGGCUACUUUCCCGUAGCAGUCCCUUCAUAUAUUACUGAUUUAAAACAAGACAACUUUUCUGAUAUGGAAGAGUCAUCUUCUAGUAAAGAAGCAAUUACCAGUUUAAACUCCUCCUUCUACGCCGACCGCCCGCCCCGCCGCGUGACAGGGAGGCGAUCAAGUGCACUUCAAGAGGGCCAGCUUCCUACCAAUAAUCCGUGGAGGGAACUCCUAAUAAUUCUGCAAAGUUCCGGAAAAUGUGGAAGCCAAUUAAACAAUGACCCUUUUCAAAAGAAGUGCGAUUGCCUGCGCCCAAUAUACCAUCCGCCUUCUUUCGAGUUUUAUGAUGAUUUCGGGACUUUACUAGCCUUGCGGUACUUUAUAACUGUCUCAGUUAAAUUCUUUGGCGGCUCACUUACUGUGGAACUUCCCUUUAAUUAUUCCGACGUUCCUGAGUAUGGCGAAUUGGAGCCAGAACGGAACUACGCUGAAGCUACUUCAGCCAAUACCGUUGUAAGAUCUUUGGUCGAUCGUACACAUGUUUCUGAGACGCCCAAUGAGCUGCCUCCGAGUUUUACGAAUCUGAAGGAAAAAUCAUUGGAGCGCGUGGCAAGCAUACAUGCAGAGCGCAGCCGAGAAGGGACCGCCAGCAUAUAACAGCGUGAAAAGCUUUGAGAAUUUGUUAUUACGUUGAGGCCAUCAUUGCUUUCUUAUAUGAAUAGUUUAAUAAGUUUCGAGAAAAGUUACACCACAAUUUUGAUACUCCACUCACUAGUAGCAAUAACAACAGCAACAACAAUUAACUUUUUUUAAAGUAACAGGAUAGUAUUAUGAUGACAGUGCUUUACACUAAUACGUUAUGACUUUGCAGAAUCUCAAUAAAUGUA